CACGGCACGGGGUGGCCCCGAGAGGGCCUGGCUGUUUCCGCCCGCGCUCUCUUGAGAGUUUUCAUCACCCUCUCGGGGGUGAGGGGCUGGCUGUAUCGAGCCCGGUGCAGGCUGAAGGCCGCAGUGCUGCUGAAGGCCUCGCUGAGCUGCGAGCUCAGCCGCACUCCCGGCAGCCCUCAGCUCCCUGGCCCCGCUGAGGCCUCGUGGCGUCUCGUCCGGCUCUCCUGCAGAGGUUCUUCCAGGACGCGACCAUGAGUGACCAAAUCCAGUUCAUUGUUGAGAAGCUCAAUCAGGAGCCCUUCAGGAAGAACUACAAUUUAAUCACGUUUGACUCCUUAGAGUCGGUGCAGCUGUUGCAGCUGCUCAGUGAUGUGCUGGGGGAGAUUGACCCGAAGCAUGCUGUUGACGUUAGAGAGGAGCUGCCAGAGAAUACAGCUAAAAGAAUGUUGACUCUCCUCGGUAUCCUUAAAUACAAGCCUCCAGGAAGCGUAACAGACCUGAGCGCAUUUCGCCAAGGGUUGGUUACGGGGAGCAAACCUGUAAUUCAUCCUGUCUUACAUUGGCUUCUUCAGAGAACCAGUGAACUCAAGAAAAGGGCUUACCUGGCACGCUUCUUGGUAAAACUGGACGUGCCAGUGGAGUUCCUACAGGAUGAUACCGUGGCUGACGUCAACAAGCAGUAUGAAGAACUGAUGGAAGCAUUUAAAAACCUACAUAAGGAAUGUGAGCAGCUCAAAACAUCUGGUUUAUCUACUGCAGAAAUAAGAAGGGAUAUAAGUGCAAUGGAAGAGGAGAAAGAUCAACUCAUCAAAAGAGUGGAGCGUCUUAAGAAGAGGGUGGAGACAGUACAAAAUCAUCAACGAAUGCUUGAAAUAGCAAGACAGCUUCGCUUAGAAAAAGAGAGAGAAGAAUCUUUGGCUCAACAGAAACAAGAACAAAAAAAUCAGUUAUUCCAUGCAGAGCAGAGACUGCAAAGAGCACAGCUCCAGCUGAAAGAGAUGCAUCAUGCAGUAGUGGAUUCAAAACCUGAAAGCUUAAUGAAGAAACUGGAAGAGGAGAUAAACUUCAAUUCAUACCUCGCUACUGAAAAAAUACCUAAGGAGCUUGAAAGUAAGAAGAAAUCAGUGUAUUUCUUACAAAAGGCAAUUGCAGAGCCAGCUAUGGGUCAAUCAGAUCUCAAUGUACUUGAAAGCAAGAUAAAUGAAGUAAAUGUACAAAUAAAUCAGCUUAUUGAGAAAAGAAUGAUGAAGUAUGAGCCUGUUGAUAGUAAACUUUCCAUGUAUCGCCAACAGGCAUCUAUAAUUUCCCGGAAGAAGGAAGCCAAGGCAGAAGAACUUCAGGCUGCUAAAGAAGAGAUGUCUAGCACAGAAAAGCAGAUGAUACAGAAGACGAAUCAGGCCCAUGAGUUAGAUGGCUCUGAAGUUCUGAAGGGGGAUGAGCUUAAGCACUAUGUCAAUAAGCUCCGGAGCAAGAACACAGUAUAUAAAAGGAAGCGACUGGAAGUAGCAGAAAUUACAGCUGAGUGUGGCAUCCUCCAGCGGACAGAAGAGCUCCUGAAGCAGCGGCACGAGGCCAUCCAGCAGCAGCUGCAAGCUAUUGAAGACAAGAAAGGUAUUUCUGGAUAUAGUUACACUCAGGAGGAGCUGGAAAGAGUAUCUGCAGUGAAGAGCGAAGUGGAUGGAAUGAAAGGCCAAACAUUAGACAACAUGUCUGAAAUGGUAAAGAAACUGAACGCUAUGGUGGCAGAGAAGAAGUCGAGCCUCGCUCCUGUCAUCAAGGAGCUGAGACAGCUGCGUCAGAAGUGCCAGGAAUUAACGCAAGAAUGUGAUGAAAAAAAGAUCCAGUACGACAGUUGUGCAGCAGGGUUAGAGAGCAAUCGCUCCGCACUGGAACAGGAAGUGAAGGGACUUCUCGAGGAGAGCACUCAGGAAGAAAGCAACUACCACUAUGUGAACUGCAUGAAGAAAAAUCUAGAAAUACAGCUGCAACGUGUGAAAGAAGAAAUGAAGAUAUAUGUCUCCUCAGAUCCACAGGAGAGACGGAAGGCAAUUCGAGAACAGUAUACACGGAUGAUCCUUGAACAAGAAAGCCUUGGGAAGAAAUUACGAGAGAAGCAGAAGGUUGUACGGGAAAGUCAUGGGCCCAAUAUGAAGCAAAUUAAAAUGUGGCAGGAUUUUGAGCAGUUAAUGGAAUGUAAGAGAGAAUGUUUUGUGAAACAACAAAAUCAAACAGCUAUUGGUCAAGUCAUCCAGGAAGCAGGUAAAGAUAGACUUGUACUAUGAACUCUUCCUUCUUUAUACCGACAUCAAGUAAGAAGACUGUGGGUUGGCUUCUCAAAGGUAAUCUCUUUGUUGCUUUCAUCAUUUCUACUUAAAUUUGAUGUACAUUAUCUGUUUCUGAUGGAUAAAGUGCACCUAAACUUGAAGUUGUUCGUCCAUUGUUUAAGUGACAACAAAACAUAGUCAGGAAGAUCUGUUAUGAGAUCUGUGCUGGGGUGAACCUCAUCAUAAAUCUUUGUUUUAGAAGGCUGGGAAUGGCAUGCAUCUGCAGAGAGAUCAAAGGAAAACAAAUCCUUUUCCAGGGUCACAGAAAACUUAUGUAAUUGCUCUGCUCCUUAUUCCGUAUCACUAUGGUUAUAUUUUUGCAAGGUCUGGUACUUGAUAUUGUAUAAUUGUAGACCUCUUGGCUCGGCCGUCUCCUUCCCCAUUGUCUUUAUUCAUGUAGUGUGACUGGCAAGAACGGAGCCAUUUUCACUCUGAGCUGCACAGAGCUUGCUUGCACACUCCUACUCAUACUUUGUUUGCCUGGUUCAAUUGAAGUGAUUGUGCUUCCAGGAGACAGUUCAUUGCACUAGCGUCAGGACUUGGUUCUGAGAACAAUUACUUGGAUUCUGAGAUCGUUCCAUUAUCUCUUGUUGUUUUAACAGCUGUAUGUUUCUUGCAUAUAGAAACAUAUACUUCUUUCUAAUUUUUCUUAGCUGUCCAUGGGAAAGUGUUAACUGUGGCCCACUAAAACCUUUCUCUACUGAAGAUACAUUGCUGUUCUGCCUGUGCAGUAUGGUUCCAAAGUGGUUGUGCCAGCCAAAGAGCGACGUAGAGCAGGGAUGGAGGGCUACUGGUGAAUGUAAAUAAGGCACGGUGUUUCCUGCGUAUGGUAGGGUAUGCAGAGCAGAUAUGCACGGCUCCUUUAUAUUCAGGCUUUGACCUGUGGGCCACAAGCAACUGUCAUGGCCCUAAAAAUUGCAUCACGAGACCCACAGCUAACCCAGGGUAAGAGGAAUGCAGAUGAGGCUUGAAACUCUCCCUCACGCUUCAUCAUUUCUGAUGAGCGCCUCUUUGUCACAAUCAAAAGACCAGAAGCAGAGAGAUAAGUCUGGGUGACGAGAGCUCCUGCUGUUCUUCUGGAGCCUCGUGGCUUAUUGAAUUUUUUUAUUUUUCCUGCCUAAAUAAAAAUGGAUUUUUUUCAGUAGUAGGUUUUUUUUGUUGUUUUUUUUUUUGUUUAUUUUUUUUAUCAGAUGUAAUUUGGACACAAGAAAUGAUUUAGACUUCUCUGAGAGAAUUAAGAGGUCUGCUAUUUUCUCUGUCAAAGAAGGGUUUGGUAACUGUAUAAUUCCUAGUUUGUCUUUACAUUAAGUAUAUUUGCUAACAAAGCUUGAAUAAAAUCCAAUGACUACAUUUUGACUGAAUGUUAUUUUCUAUAUUUCAUAGGUUUAAGAAGUAAUAAAAGUAAAUUCUUAGUGACAAGUUUCUGGCUGGGCCACAGGAGAAUGGUUUGAAAAGCUUAGGGUCAUUGAAUUACAUUUAUUCCAGAUGCCCCCAAAAGGUUCUGAGCCCACUGUACGCCUAAGGAGCGUGUCCAGAGAUACUCAGGACAUCCUCAUGCAAGCCCUCCCACACUGCUGAAUAGCUGAAGAUAGUUUUUCUCAACAGCUGCACGUUGAUCUUUCCCAGGACGAGGAGAAGCAGCACGUUCUCCACUACGCACGCUGUCAGUGAGCAUGGAGGGAAGGAUGUUGUGUGGGACACUGGCAGUGAAGUGUGGAGAAGGGGCUGCAUUGCCACCAGCAGCCCUCUUCCCUGGGCGUUUAGGUUACGCAGUGAUCAGAGCUGGAGGACUGCCUCCGGUUCAAAGGCAGCAGCACAGGGAGAAGGGGCAUCUCAUAUACUUCAACAUUUUGUAACAAAUCCCUAAAAACCCUAUUUGACCAGACCAUUUAUACAAAGAUUUAUUGCAGCCAUUAGUCUGCUGCCCAGGGAAAAGCAAUGCUUUUGAAAUUCAUAGCAGUGAUGUCGAGUAAGACUGAGUGUAACCAUUUUCCGUUCUUGUGUUCAGUUACCCUAAAAAUAGUUCAUCUUUCUUCCUUGUAAAAACAGUUUAUUGCUGGUUACUCAAUGAUGACGUGAUUGUUGCUCUGAUCUGAUUAGCUCUCUGUCAUUUGUACAGCACCGAGAAAGGGCACAGAGAUUAUACACUACAGCAGCAGCAAAAUUACUUUCUGAGAUGAAGCAGAAAAUCAUAAUGGCUGGUAUGAAAAGAAAAUUGGAAAAACUCAAAUGCUAUUUUUAACUUUUAUAUAAGUGGACAUUUAAUAAAUGCCCCUUAAUGGUUUCUGCUCACCGGCUUUUCCACGUGGUUUGUGAGUUGAAGGGAGCAUUCAAAAAUCUUCGACUGAGUUUUGCAGUUUUACUUCCUGAAUUGUAAGGAAAAGCUUAUUCCUAAUAUAUAUAUUUAUGUAAUAUAACUUUAUUACUGUAAGCUAGCUAGUCAAUAAGACUAAACAUACUAUAUGGAAAAAUAGCUGCCCUCUCUUGGCAAAGGCCCAAAUAAAAAAAAUGGGCAUAGCUAAAUGUGGGCUCUCUGCACUUAGCAAAUUUCCUCCCGUUGGAACGCUGAUCGGAGCGGUCCCUCACCAGCCACUGAUGACUUUGCUUCACAAGGGUUCUCCUCAUCUUUAUCCAGAACUGGACGAGAAGGUUUUUCCAGUGGCAUUGUGCAGCUUUGUGGUAUUUACUCCUAUUAACACCAACUGUCCCUGGAGCCACAGGAAAGCUCCACAUGGGCCUAGGAGAUGAAAUAGUUAUAGACAUCAGAAAUGGGCUCGAGAGAACAGUAUGUCUACUGUGUUACGUGAAGAGCUAUUUUAUCAUCUGAAUAUGGGAUUAUUUAUACCACCAUGUAGCUUCCAUAUGAACUACAGAAAGUAAGUGUUCCUAUGCUUUAAGUGACCCAGAUCUGGGAAUACUUAUUUGUACACCUUUACUCACACAGGUAUUAUGACUUUUGUAGUAUAGUUGCUCACAAACAUAGAAGUCCUGCUAUUUUAUUUUACUGUGUUUAAAUAUACAGAUUUCCAGAGCUUUCUUGAUAAGGCUAUUUUACAGGCAUAAUAUUGAUCUCUGUUACAAAAUACAAUACAGCAAGAGUGUUUAACAACAGUUCAGAGCUUAGACAACGUGCUUACAAUGGGCAUUUUCUGAUCAAUAAGAAUGAAUGAAGUAGCCAACAAGCAACACAAGCACUGUUCUCCAAAAUGACUUGCUGGUUCAGGAGCUGGAAGCAGAGAGCUUUUUCUCUUUACAUCACUAUUUCACGUCUGGCCCAGAUCAACAGUGACUCCAAGCUCACCGUGAGCUACCUGGCCGCUGUCCUCAGCAAGAGAUGGAAGCAGAGCCAUUUGGCAGGAGCGCUCUGAAUUCCUAAAUCGCCACUCUGGCAGCGUCUGGUGAGCCUGGAGUCAGCUUCCACAAGAAGGCAGGCAGACAUGACUGGAAGACAGCAGAGACUGAGUGCUGUUAUCCAAAAGGUGUCACCUUGGGAGAAAGGCCGUAACACAGCGCAGUGUGGGAAACUCACUCCAUCCCCUUGCUCAGGGAUGAGGACCGCAUGGAUGCACGCAGGUCUGCUUUCUCUCGUUGGUGCUGCAUUUGCUCAGAUGUAAGUGAAAAAGACAAAGAGCUCAUUCUCAACAUUUGCUCUACGUUACCUUUUGUAGCAGUAGGUUUCUGCUGAUGGGAUGCUGUUAACUCUUUGGCUGCCUUUCUCUAUCGUAACCUGCAAUGGAAACAAUUCAAAUUUGCAGGGACACAACAGUGUUGCAGCGAGGAGACUCCACGUGAAUCACAAGGUUAUCAUAAGAUAUCAACUUUAUGGGCAUCACCCAAUUGAUGAGUUGUUUUCUAACCAUCGUAAUUUGACCCAUUUUCAGAUUGCUUAAAGAGUUCUUUAAAUUUUCAGCAUGAAUUUAAAAUAGGUUCUUUAAAUUCUCAAGUGCUUCUGUACUGUUGAUUCUUCAGAGGCAGUCUCAAUCCCCAAGGCAGUCUGUUUCUUUGAAGGUCACUGGGUGAAAAGGGUAUUUUUCACAAUUGCAUUACACUGCUUUUCAUGCUCCCAAUUCACGGAGGGAAAGCGCUGUCAGCCGUGUGCUGUGGGAACGUCAGGCUCAGUGAGGAGCUGUGGUACUUGAGGCGGGGAGCAAUCACACUCCAAGUAAUCAGCAGGAACUGUGAGACAAAUCCUGCAGUCCAUACACUCACAAAACCCUCACUGACUUCAGUGGGAGUUUUGCCAAAAUAAGGUCUGCUGGAUUUAGCUCUUCCUCCUGAUGGAACAAGUGGAAAUUAAAGGGCCAGGAUCAGAUUUGUGUGACAGAGAGAAUAAGAAGAACCAUAAUUAUCUUAAAAUUAACAACUUUUGCCCGAAGCAAAUCAAUGUUCCAUUAGAAGCAUUUAAUUUACAACAAGAAUCAAGUGUUUGUGUGAGUGCUUCUCAGCACUACCAAAAUCCACUACGCUUUGAUUUUUAUUAGACAUCAGUGAGAGGCUGCCUUGCUCAAUCUCGUGUUGGAGUAUUUAUAACAUUUAAUACAUCACAUCACACAUUACCUUGUAUUUAACAACAUUAUUUACAUUUGUUUAAAGGAUAAGAAGUGUAUUUUAACCUUUUUAUCAUAUCUCCAUUCCACAUCAUUUUCAGACAAGUACAUUCUGCAAAUCAGGACACACGCAGCCGGCAUUUGCUAACUGCCAGGAGCUGGAGUUCUUUUCCUGCAGGUGCUUCUACAAAAGCCGACGUUACUGCUCUGCUUCAGCCCUCUCUAUCAUUACAGAAUGACAUUUCAUUUUUAAGCUUCUCAAUGUUAUUCCAGUAGGUGCUUCAUUAGGUUAACUUUUGAAACAGGAGAAAGCCAAACGCCGCACAUUUUGCUAAUACCAGAAAAAAUGAAGUUGGUAGGAGCAUGGAAAAUGGGACCUUUUCAGAGGUAAAUUCUUUGUCCUGCUUCUUCCUCAUUCUCCUUAUUCCUGCUUCUUUCCCCUGGAAUGGAAUAGAAAAUAUGCCUGGCAACUUAGGAAACAACAAGAAAAGAAUGAAGGUAUGUAUCUUAUACAAACAGUGACCACUUCAGGGAAAUAAUAGAGGACUUAAUCUCAUCGUAUCUUCCUGAUCAAUUUUACAGCUGUUUCAUACUGAAAAAAAGUCUCGGUUCAGGUUUUCUGCAAUUAAAAAUUUGAAUGCAAUUUUAUAAAAGGAUUCCUGUUUUUUGGAAUACCAGUCAAAACUUUAAGGGCUGUACAACGUGAAGGAUGCAGUUUAGUUGGUUGACACUGUUAUGGUACCUUCUGGCAAAUAAGCUAAAGCUUGGGCAUUUCUCUGGAGUCAGCACAUCAAUCUCAGAGCCAUUAAUGACAAAUUACCAAAAGCACAAAGUGAUUUUUUUAAUUUGGAACCCUAUAAGUUGAAUAUCUAAAAAUUAUGCAUCGUGUGGAAAUGUUGCAUUUGCAUCUCAACCACCAUCUCGAUGAUGUGUUUCUCCAAGGCAGCAUCCUGUGGACUGCAACAUUCAGAAACCUGGAAUUCUUGUAGAGAAUGUAUAAAAUGCUGUACCCACCUCCCUUAUUCCAUGUUUUGAAGCUUGCCAUGUUUUCAGAGCAUAUUUUAAAGAAAACAGAACUGUAUCAGAACACUGAAAGUCACCCACAGACAGCCUGUUUCACUGAUGCUUUACAUUUACACCGCAUCUUUUGUCCUAAAGGAUUUCUCUGCUUCAUUUUCAUUCUAUGUAGGCUGAUGAGAUUGCUCAGGUAUCUGCAGGAGUGAGUCAGGGAACACUGGGAGAUGUGCUUCACGAUCAGAGGUUAGUAAGGAACAUGGAGCGUUUGUUAUUUCGUGGGUGCUGACAUCUCAAAUCUCCUUAAGGAAAAUAACUUCUGCAGCUGAAAACAAGAGCACAGUCUGCAUGCUUUCGGUGAAGAGCUGGAGCAUGCUGUGCUUCACCAUGGGUCGUUAUUGCUUGCUAUUCCUUUCGUGUUUUGCAUUUACCACACUGUACUUCAAACAUUUGCAUGUGAAAUGCAUCACUUUAAAAUCUGUGGAUACUGAAGGUUCUUCCUGAUUGUUGAUGUAAUUGAGUGAAAUGAAGGUUGAUCAUAAAAUGUAAUGAGAGGGGAAGAGAGAACUCUUAACGCUGGAAAAAGCACUAUAAAUAUUUUCCUGAGAUCAUUAACACAGCCUUGUAACACUUUGCCUCGUGCAGCGGAAAGAAUUAUACCAUCGUUUUAUGAAGUUUCUAAAAAGUGUUUACAAUUCCAUCCUAAAUAUAUAGGGCUUU